AUGUUCAGAGCAGUGGCAGUCAUUGCCCUUCUAGCUUCCAGUACCUUUGCAUUGCCUCAAAGUCCCGGUCAAGCUUAUACUGGCACAGCCGGCAACACCACUGUAGCUGGCGACUCCUCAGGUCCAGACAGCAACGGCAAAUAUGUUAUUGAAGGCGAAGGAAUUCGUGCUUACUUCAUUGCAUACGGAGCUUCAAUCUCCAACCUCUUCUUGAACGACACUUCUGGAAUUGAACGCGAUGUGGUUGCUGGCUUCGAUAAUGCGUCUUACUAUGAAGUAGAUCGCCAGCAUCCUCAUUUUGGUGGAGUUCCCGGUCGAUAUGCAAACAGAAUCAAGAACUCGAGUUUUGUGAUAGAUGGUGAAACAUACAAUAUCACACCAAACGAAAACCCAACACCGGAUAACCCACAGGGGCUUGAUACUCUACACGGUGGACCAGACGGUUGGGAUUGGAGGAAUUGGACUGUGGUUGCUCAUACCAAGGAUAGCAUCACAUUCAGUCUUACUGAUCCAGAUGGAAAAGAAGGGUUCCCUGGAGAGGUCGUCAGUUAUGUAACCUACACAUUAGGCAACAUGACCUGGGAUAUGAGGAUGGUAGCUCUAGCUACUACAAAAGUAACCCCCAUCAUGCUCUCCUCCCACACCUAUUGGAACCUCGACGGCUUCGCCAACAACGAAACCGCCACCGCUCUAAACCACUCCCUCUGGCUCCCCUACGGCGGCCAACGCAUCGACACCGACCCAAUCCUCAUCCCCACCGGCGACAUCCUCGCCAACCAACCCGGCUCCCUCAACGACUUCUACACCACCCCCAAACAAAUCGGCGCCAACUUCUCCAACCCAGACCUCCUCGGCAACUGCGGCAACAACUGCACCGGUUACGAUACCUGCUACCUCACCAACCGUAUCGCGCCCUACGACUGGACAGCCGGCGAAACUCCCGUCGCCCGACUCCGCUCCGCCUGGUCAGGCAUCCAAGUCGACGUCUUCACCGACCAAGACGCCUUCCAGAUCUACAGCUGUGGCGGGCAAAAUGGGAGUAUGGCGCUUAAAUCCACGCAAGGUCUACAUGGCGUCGAGGAUCGACCACGCACGAUUCAGCAGUAUGGAUGUGUGGUUAUGGAGGUGGAGGAUUGGAUCGAUGCGAUUAACCAGCCGGCGUGGGGGAGACAGGAGAAGCAGAUUUUCGGACCGGGUGAUGAGCCGUAUGUGCUGAGAGCGAGUUAUCGGUUUAGCACUAAUGAGACGGCGGUGGGGUUGUUGGGGGUGGGUAGUGGAUGA